UCCGAAUAAAUGGUCGCUUUACAAAGGCUUGUCACCUUCCCCUCACGAGCUUUGGCUGCCCGCUGGUGACCAAAUACGAGUCUUCAUGUUGCUUGUUUGUUAUUGUUUUGUAUAAUUGAAGAGAGAGUCUGCUGUGUCUUUUGCUUCGGUUUCGUCCUUCGUGAGAGCAAUCGGCAAUAUGAGAUUCCCUUGGUCAAAGGCGGUCGAGGCAGACAAAGCAGCGGCAACCACUUCCACGGGACCAGAUAUCCAGGCAGGGGACACAGAGACAGAGACACACGGUCCGACAUCGACGGUGGCCCUCGACCACGAGAACAAGCAUGCAGGACCGGAUACCAUCCCACCUGAACACGGAGAGACAACAGAGGGAGCCGCCGUCGUCGACCCAGCGAACGCUGUGCAAUCUGAGAAAAAUGAAGAGUUGGCUCGCACUCAGUCCGUAGCCACUGCUUCCACCCAAGGUGAAGCAGGCGAAGAUGAUGAGACCAAAUAUGCCACAGGCCUCCCGUUGCAUUUGCUGACCUUUGGCCUUACCUUGUCCACAUUUGUCAUCGCCCUAGACAACACCAUCAUAGCCACUGCAAUCCCAAAGAUUACAACUGUCUUCAAUUCCCUCGACGAUGUUGGCUGGUACGGCUCCUCAUAUCUUCUGACCACCACAUCUCUCCAGCCUUCCUUCGGCAAGGUCUACACAUACUUCAACGUCAAAUGGACAUACAUGCUGGCUCUGGCAAUCUUUGAACUCGGCUCGAUUCUGUGUGGCGCGGCUCAAAGUUCGACCAUGUUGAUCGUGGGUCGAGCAGUCGCAGGAGCGGGAGCCGCUGCUUUGUUCUCAGGUGGAAUGACAAUCAUUGGCUACUCCGUUCCUCUCAGAAAAAGACCGAUUUAUAUUGGCCUGCUGAGUUCAAUGUUUGGCAUCGCCUCUGUUGUUGGACCAAUUCUUGGAGGAGCGUUCACUGACCGGGUAUCAUGGCGCUGGUGCUUUUACAUCAACCUUCCCAUUGGCGGGAUCGCAAUCGCAGCAGUAUUCUUCUUUUUCAAGAACCCCGAACGCAAAGACAGCACUCUCACUCUGAAAGAAAAGAUCGCUCAAAUCGAUCUCGUCGGUGCUUUCUUCCUCAUUUGCAGCAUCGUCUGCCUCCUUCUCGCCCUUCAAUGGGGCGGCACGACAUAUGCCUGGUCAAACUCGAAAGUGUGGGGUUGUCUCUUGGGAUUCGGGUUGCUCAUUUCGACCUUCACAGCUAUACAAAUCUGGAAGGGUGACCGCGCAACUCUUCCACCACGGAUCUUGCUCAAACAGCGCACCAUAUUCGUAUGCGCCUUCUUUUCUGCUUUCCUCGCGAUGGGGCUGUACACACAUAUCUAUUACCUUCCAUUCUACUUCCAAGCAGUCAAAGGCACAACGGCAGAACAGUCUGGUAUUCGCACCAUUCCUUAUCUUGUCAGCAUGACCAUUUCAUCGAUCAUAGUUGGCGCCAGUGUGACGACUUUGGGGCCAUAUGUCCCAUUCACUUGGGUCGGAUCUGCGGUGUUCGCUGUGGGUUCGGGCUUGUUGCACACAUUGAAAGUCGACUCCUCCACCGGGACUUGGAUCGGUUAUCAAAUCUUGGCUGGGUUCGGAGCAGGCGCCUGUGUCCAGAUCCCCUUCAUCGCAGUUCAGGUCGUCCUCAGCAGGAAAGAUAUGCCUGUUGGAAAUGCUGUCGCCAUCUUCUUCAACUCACUUGGUGGAGCCAUCUCGAUUUCCAUUGCGCAGAACAUCUUUUCGAAUGGAUUGGUGAAGGAGAUUCCGAAGUACACCACUGGCGUGGACCCCCAAACUAUCAUUAACGCUGGAGCAACGCAUAUUCGAGAGGUCACACCAGCAUCGCAGCUUGCCGGCGUCUUGACUGCAUACAACAUAGCUGUGACGAAUGCAUAUAUUCUGGCCAUCGCAUGUGCUAGCAUUGCCUUCUUGUUCUCUCUCGGGUUCGAAUGGAAGAGUGUCAAAGGCAAAAAGCUUGAAAUGGGUGGAGGAGCAUAAUCUGGACACCG